CCUCUUAGAAAACGCACCCUAUUCUUCCCUAUUUGCAUCGCAUUUGUUCUUGAAUCUCUUUCAAUUCCAGAGAGAGAGAGAGAGAGAGAGAGAGAGAGAGAGAGAGAGAGGGAGAGGGAGCUGUGAGAGAGAGAAUGUUCCAUCCGAAGAAGGCUUCAUCUAUGAAUUCACACGACAGUAGAGGGAUGUGCGUUCAGGGAGACUCAGGGCUCGUUCUCACCACAGACCCAAAGCCCCGCCUCCGAUGGACCGUCGAGCUUCACGAGCGUUUCGUUGAUGCUGUCACUCAGCUUGGGGGACCUGACAAGGCUACGCCGAAAACCAUCAUGAGAGUAAUGGGUGUGAAGGGUCUCACUCUUUACCAUCUAAAGAGCCAUCUUCAGAAAUUCAGGCUUGGAAAGCAACCUCACAAGGAAUUCAAUGACCAAUCCAUUAAAGAUGGGGAGAGAGCAUCCGCCCUAGAACUUCCAAGAAAUGCGGCAUCUUCUUCUGGGAUGAUAGGCCGCAGCAUGAAUGAAGGUAACGCGCACAUCACUUAUGCCAUUAGGAUGCAACUGGAGGUGCAGAGAAGAAUCCAUGAACAAUUAGAGGUACAAAGGCACCUUCAGUUGAGGAUUGAGGCACAGGGGAAGUACAUGCAAACUAUACUGGAAAAAGCUUGUCAGACCCUUACCGGCGAGAAUAACAACAUUAAUUCAAACAGCUAUAAAGCUGGUAGCAGUAGUGGUAUUGCAAAUGCAGGAGUGGUUCCGGAGAUGGGAAGCAUCAAGGACUAUGGGAGUUCCCCUUUGAAUACCUUUCCAUGCCUUCAAGAUUUGAAUAUAUACGGAGGAGGCGGCAGUGGCAGCAGCGGCGGAGGAGAGCCAUUCGAUCUUCACCAAAACCUUGAUCAUCAGUCGGCAGCACUGCUUGCGGAAGGGUUUAUGCCCAAUAAUAAUAAUAAUAAUAAUAAUACCUCUUCUGCUGCAGAUACCAAUAAUAUGUGUGCAGGGAAAAAGAGGAGUACGACUGGGAAGGGGCCUUUAGUUUGGUCGGAUGAUGAUGACGAUCAUGAGCUCCAUCAUCAUCAUCAUCAUCAUCAUCAUCUACAAGAUCAAUUGGGAACUACUGCUUCUACAACAGCACCAUCUUCCACCUGCUUGGGACCUCAAGAAGCAGCUGAUCAUCAUCAUCAUCAUCAUCAUCAUCUUCGAAUUGCACCCAUGCCCAUGGGAGCUAUGGCCUUGGAUAGAUCAGAUUUAGACUCUAUUUCUAGCAUUUAUGAAACUAAGCCCCCAGUUCUAGUCCAUGGAGAUCAUGCAGCUGCCCUGGCUGAGAAGAAAUUGGAACCGAAACUUGAGAGGCCAUCGCCGAGAAGGGCGUCACUUCCAAUUAAUGCCAUGAUCAAUGCUGCUGCUGCUGCCAUGCCACAAGGAAGAAACUCACCAUAUGGAUGAAUUUAAAUAUUGAGUUUAUAAGUUGUUUAGUUACAUAUAUGUGACUGGUUAUUCUUCACCUCCUUAUAUAACUUAUUGAUGUAUGCAUGCAUGGGAAUAUUAGCUAGCUAGCUAGGGUUUUGGUUCUAGAUUGAAGGAUCCACAUUAGAGGCUCUACAUAUAUAUAUAUAUGAUCGAUAAUGUCAUGCAUGGAAAAACGUUUGAAUAAUUAAUUGUACGAUUUUAUGUUUCAAA